AUCCUCGCCGUGGUGUCGUAACGCUUCGUGAGGUCAGAUAACACUUUCAGGAUGAGGCUUCACUAACUAACCUGUAAUUUAACAGAAACCUGUUUAACCGGUUACCGGAUGAAUCACGUAUUUAAUCCCAGUUUGAAGCAGAUGAUUGAUUGAUUGGUAACAGCUGGUUCAUCCACUUAGAAUCUGUUCAACGCCUGAAGACCUCAGACAACCUCUCAGCCAAUCAGAGCUUCCCGUCCACCCCUAACCUCAGGAGAGCGCCGUGGUGCGUUCAUGGUCCAUACAGCCAGAGUCGGAUCACAGCGGUGGACGCCAGACGGCCUGCAACUGUAGACGUUCAGGUACCGGAGGCCCUGGUUCUGGUCCUGGUCCUGGUCCGUCCGAUGGCGCGGCACAGCAAGCUGCAGAAGCAGAUCCUGAACCUGUACCGGCACUUCCUGCGGGCCGGGCGGGACAAGCCGGGCUUCGUGCCGCGGAUCCGCGACGAGUUCCGAGAGAACGCCGGCAUCAAGAAGACGGACUUUAUGCACGUGGAGUAUCUGCUGCGCCGCGGGCAGCGGCAGCUGGAGCAGCUGAGGGACAACAACACCAAGCAACUGGGCUCCUUCUCCAGGCCCGACCCCCGGGCCGGGUCACGGGACCCUGACUGACCCCUCUAGAGCAGACCUUCAUGUUGGAAUGCUGCAUUCAGGGUCCUGUGCAGAAAAGAACACUCACGUGAUGUGAUUUAAUUAAGUGAUAUAUUUUGAUUGUUUAAAUAUGAAGUGAAAAUAUUCUCUUCUUGUUUGGACUCAUGAACUUGAAUAAACAUAAUAAAUACAA